AACCCAACCCAAAAAUGUCAUCAAAACAGAGACACACAGAAAGCCAUCAAUGGAGGAAUGAAAACAUGGAGGGAGCAGAACAAGAGUUAGAGAGAAGAAGCCGGUUCUUGAGCAACUUAAUCCAGAGAAAGAAAGCUGCAGACCAACAAAAUCAAGUGAAUAUAAGAGUCAGAGCUUCAGAUAUGGCCAUUGCUAUGCAGAACAAAGCCUUCAAAUCUGCAGCAGAUCAUCUUCACUCAAUGCCUCCUGCAAAUGUCAAGAAGAUCGACAGCAAACGCCUCGCUCUUGCCCUCAAGAAGGAAUUCGAUGGUUUGUAUGGCCCGGCUUGGCACUGUAUCGUCGGGACUAGCUUUGGAUCUUAUGUGACACAUUCUUCUGGAGGUUUCGUGUAUUUUUCAAUUGACAAAGUUCACGUUCUCCUCUUCAAGACUACGGUCGAGCCUAUGCAUUGCCCACGCCCGCGACUGUAUCGCACUUUGAAACAGUGAUGCAUCUUUUUUGUGGUAAUCCAUCUGUUUGUAAUUGUACUCGGUUUGAGACUUAUGGGUUGUUGCUUAUAAGUAUAUCCAAUAUCUAGUCAAAUGAAUGUUACUUUAGUAGCAACUAGUUUCAUUCCACUUUGUGCUUGUUUGUACAAACUAAAUCAUUAAGCUACAUGCUUCAGAAGCGGCUUGUUUUCUGAAUUUCAAAC